CCCGGUUGCUGCCGCCUGCCUGGGUCGCUCCUGUGGCGGCGGCAACAGCAAGCAGCAUGGCGGCCGUGGAGCCCCGAGUGUGCGAGACGGCGGGGUGCAGCAGCGAAGCCAAGCUGCAGUGCCCAACCUGCAUCAAGCUGGGCAUCCAGGGCUCCUACUUCUGCUCGCAGGAAUGUUUUAAGGGAAGCUGGGCUACUCACAAGUUGCUACACAAGAAAGCAAAGGAUGAGAAAGCUAAGAGGGAAGUUUCUGCCUGGACUGUAGAUGGUGACAUUAACACAGAUCCCUGGGGUGGCUAUCGAUAUACUGGUAAACUCAGGCCGCAUUAUCCACUGAUGCCAACAAGGCCUGUGCCGAGUUAUAUUCAAAGGCCGGAUUAUGCUGAUCACCCCCUAGGUAUGUCUGAAUCAGAACAGGCCCUUAAAGGAACUUCUCAGAUAAAGAUUCUUUCUUCAGAGGAUAUAGAAGGGAUGCGAGUAGUGUGUAGGCUUGCUAGAGAAGUAUUAGAUGUUGCUGCCAUGAUGGUGAAGGCAGGUGUAACUACUGAAGAAAUAGACCACGCUGUUCAUCUAGCGUGCAUUGCCAGAAAUUGCUAUCCAUCACCGCUGAAUUAUUAUAAUUUUCCUAAGUCUUGCUGUACGUCAGUGAAUGAAGUGAUCUGCCAUGGAAUUCCAGACAGGCGACGCUUACAAGAGGGUGAUAUUGUUAAUGUGGACAUUACUGUUUAUCGUAAUGGCUAUCACGGGGAUCUUAAUGAGACAUUUUAUGUUGGAGACGUUGAUGAGGGUGGAAAGAGACUAGUCCAGACCACGUAUGAGUGCCUAAUGCAAGCAAUUGAUGCAGUAAAACCUGGUGUUCGAUAUAGAGAGUUGGGAAAUAUUAUACAGAAACAUGCUCAAGCCAAUGGAUUUUCAGUAGUUCGCAGCUACUGUGGGCAUGGGAUUCAUAAGCUUUUCCACACCGCUCCCAAUGUGCCACAUUAUGCCAAAAAUAAAGCUGUUGGGGUAAUGAAGCCUGGUCACGCGUUUACAAUAGAACCAAUGAUCUGUGAAGGUGGGUGGCAAGAUGAAACCUGGCCUGAUGGCUGGACGGCAGUGACACGAGACGGCAAGCGGUCUGCUCAGUUUGAACACACACUUUUGGUCACGGAUACUGGUUGUGACAUCUUAACCCGGCGGUUGGAUAGCAUUCGCCCUCACUUCAUGACCCAGUGCUAGUGUAGGCCAACUGAGAGGCCUGAACCAAGCAUCUCUUGACUCUGUACUAUGCAUUUUUACUAAAGUACAGGCUAAAGGGGGAUUUUAUCACCUGUUUCCUUCUUGUUGACUGUAGGUAAGAGAGAUGCAACCUUGCAUUUAUAUGACUUGGAUGAGCCCUGAUGCAAAGGAUUGAAAAGGAAAGAGGUUUUAGAGAUUUUCUCUGCUCUCCUGUACCCCAACAUUGUUUGAAUCUAUUUAAAAAUAUCAGUUGACCUUAUGGUGCCCCUUUAUUAUCCCCCCCUCCCCCAGCUGGGCUUCAGGUGGUUCAGUCACUACCAGUUAUCAGCUGGCAAAUGUAAGGAUAACUUUUUCAUGGUGAAUGCAAGACUUUGGAAAACAAGCCUUCCUACUUUUACAAGUGUCACCUGAGAUUUUAACAUUUUCUUGUUUCAAAGGCAAUCCCUGCUUAACUGUUGCUGAAAAGACGGUUUUAGUGGGCCAGGUUUUCAUCGGUUUAUAUUUUAGGGGUGGAAUUAGGUACUAGAAAGUGUUACCUAGUACCGUGCCUACAUUCAGAGUUUUGCUCUGUUUUUCCCUCUGGUUGCCUCUGUUGUGUAACUCUAUGGAAGUAUAAAAGCUACCUAUUAACUACUGGGCCUGUUUCUCUUUGGCUGACAAUUGCUAGUGGUGGUUCUUCGUCUGUGAGGGAGGGAGAAAAUUACUGAGAUUACGUCUGGUUCAAGCUUUUACCAAAAUGCAGCCAAUAAUGUUCGAAGUGUUCACUUGUAGAAACUUUUUUUAGGGUUGAAAUAGGCAACAAAAUUGAAAUAUGGAGAGUUCUCCCAUAUAUAUGUGUGUUCUGAUGAUGGGCUUGUCCCAAAGAAAUGAGGCUGAUCUUUCACAGUCCACUUUUGAGCUUCUUUUCAGUCUAUGGUAGCUUUGUUUGUGUGUGUCACCAUGCUCAAGUUGCUGUCUACCAGGGGACCACUUAAAAUCAGCAUGGUUGCACCAUGACACUACAAAUGAUAUUUUAGAAUUUGUGGCAUGUUACUGUCAGGAGCUGGACUUAAGGCUGUGUUUCGAUCGCCACUCUGUUAUAUAUAUACUUUCAAUCUGUGAUGACCCCAAACAACUUCACUACAGAUUGGAGGAGAAAGCUUUCACUAAUGAUCAUUGGAAUUGGUCUACAAAAAAGAAACUGCUACAUGUUCCUUGAUGCAGCUGUAACAUCUGGCUUUUUUGCUGGAAUUUUUUUUUGGGGGGGGGGGCAUUUUGAACAAAAGCGGUAACAUCCCAGCUAGCCACUGUGAUGUUUCAUCAAAAGCAAAUGGUUUUAGGCAAAGAAUGCACUUGAAAGAAGCGAAGAUUGGAACUUUCUAGUCCAGUCUG